UAAUAAAUGGAAGUGGUCUCUGGGUGAUCCUGUGAAAUAUGCAAACUGGUAUAAUGGAGACUCAAAUGGUUCAGAUCAUUGUGCUUUUAUGAGAGAUGGAUCAUGGCAUCAUCAUGGGGCUGUAAUAUGAACAUGAGAUUCAUCUGCUACAAUGAGAGCAGUGAAGGAUUCAUCAUUGAUGGUUCUUCAGUAUCAUGGAAAGAAGCUCAGACCUUCUGCAGAGAGCAUCAUACUGAUCUGACCAGUGUGAGCAAUCAGACUGAGAAUCAACAGAUUGAGAAGAUCCUAAAUAACACAAACAUAUCUGAAGUCUGGAUUUGUCUGUUCAAUGACUCAUGGGAGUGGUCAGAUAACAGUGAAUCUGGAUUCAGAUACUGGGUGCCUGGUCAACUUGAUAAUUAUGAUGGUAUUGAAGAUUGUACAAAGGUUAAAAUAAAUAAGCAGGGUCAGUGGAAUGACUUGAGAUGCAAUGCCUCUCUGACCUUUGUGUGUCAUGAAGGUGAGUAAUAAAAGUCAAUGAGUAGGUUUACAUGCACAGAAUAAGCGGAUAACUAUCAAAAAUCUGCUUAUUACAGAAAACUGUUUUCAUGCAUUUACAUGCACAUCAAUAAGCCGGCUAUGCAGACAAUUGUCAGUUUUCUUGCAGGCAGUGACGUCAUCACCUAUUGUACACAAUAGUCGUUCAAAAAGUCAAUGGCAUAUCUGUCUUAAGCUAUACUGUUGUAUCUCUUCUCGUGUGUGCAAAACCUGUAAAUGUAACAUGAGCUUCUAUUUUAACAGUUUCUCUGCCAACUGCUUUAGUCGAGCGGAGACUUUUAUGCGUUACUUUGCGCUUACUUCCGCGUGUGAUGUUUAUCUUUCAUACGCGAAGACAUGCGCACAUGGACAAAACCGUGAGAAAGCCGGUUAAGGUGUUUACAUGCCGCGCGAAAUCGGCGUAAUGAGCAAAAAACUACCUGUGCCAAUCAGUUUUUGCUUACGCCGUUUAUGGGCUUUCCCCGAUAAAGGAAAACCUUUUUACGCGUUUACAUGACCCCACACGUUAUCAGUUUAUUAAGCAUAAUCGGCGCAAGACUGUGCAUGUAAACACACUCAUUGUGUGUUUGAUGAAAGAAGUUUCUCAUUAUUAAAAUGAUCUCAGUUGAGUGUUCGUCCUGUAUGUUUCUUUUAAUCUGAUGUGUAGUUUGUGUUUGUUGUGUGUUCAGAUAGU